AUGGGCCUAGCCCUCACUGGCUCAUCUGUGGGCGCCGUGAUCUUUCCCUUGAUGCUGCGUUCCGUGCUUCCAAGCUGGGGCUGGCAAUGGUCCAUGCGAGGCCUCGGGUUCGUCAUCACAGGCAUGAUGGUGCCCGGCGUUGGAUGCCUAUACCCCUUCCCUAGUCUUAUGGGUUCCAUAGAUGCCGGUGUGCUGGCCGCCAACACGGGUUCUACCGCCACUCCUGCACAGCCCAAACGGAACGCUGCCCUCAACUUCACGGCCUUCAACUCUCCUCCGUUCUCCUUCGUCACAGGAGCCUUCUUCAUGCUCGAAUUCGUCAUCUUCGGCGUCACUGGUAUCCUUCCCACGCUCGUGACUUGGGCCGGAUUCCCUGCUGAAACGGGUUACAAUCUCAUCGCCAUUAUGAACGGCUUCUCGUUCGUGGGUCGUCUUCUCCCUGGCGCAGUCGGUGACCGCCUUGGCCACCUCAACGUACUCCUCGUUAUGAUCGUCUUCACCUUUGUCACUACAGGCGUGACGCUUCUACCAUUUGGGGCCCGCCAUAUCGAAGCCCUAUACGCCUUUUCCGCCUGCUGGGGCCUCGGCUCAGGAUCCUUCCUAUCACUUGUGCCAGUGUGCAUGGGCAAGACGUGUGAGCCUAAAGACUAUGGGCGCUUCUACGGCACGAUGAACUUUGUCGUGAGCUUCGCCGUGCUGAUCACCGUGCCUAUCGGAGGCCAGCUUCUCGAGUCGAUGGGCUCCACGCCGCUGGCCGGGUUGUACAUGGCCAUCGUCACCCUUGGCGGUGCUGGUCUUUUUGCCGCUCGAGCUCUUCUCGUUGGUUCCUGGUUUGAUAUACGGGCGAAGAUUUGAAGCGUACAGUUUAGACGUGCGUGACACAGCCCGUCCUGGUUGUGAGCAUGGCAUGAUAGUAAUGGUAUCAAA